CGUGCCAUUUUCUAGAAUUUACUCAUAAAGGAGGCUGUGGAGAUGGUGCUGACAAAAUUAAUAUUAAGUUUUUUAUUCGCUAUAGCAUUUGCAGAUGAAUCGCCUCCCAAUGUUCAAAACUUAGAAGCGAUACUACCUAUGUUGAAUGGGCCCUUGCAAUUUCCACCGCAGGCCGUUGAAACUCAGCUAAACUUUCAACCACAAAGUGGUAAUCAGCAACCAAGUGCGCAGCUGGAAGAACUGUUUCAGAGUAAACCAACCAGCUACAGACUUUACGACGCAACAUCAAGCAAUCGUGGACCAGAUCGAUGUACUGCUACAUCGUAUUUCUCCGAUACAUUGCUGCCAAUUCUCAGAGUACUACUACAAUUCUUAGACCAUUCACCUGAGCCUGAAAAAGCGUUCAUUGUUUGCGAGUUGAUCAAGAAGUAUUUGAACGUGGCACCUCCAAGUCCAGAGAAAGUGAUUUUCCUAAAGGAGCUGAUUAUUGUAGAAGAACAUUUGCUGAAGCAUAAAGAGCAUGAAAAACCCCACUUCCAUCCUUCGGACGAGCAUAAGACAACAAUAGUCUUCCAAAAAGAUUUGCCUGGAUUGCAUCAGGAAAACUGCAGAGAGACUUUUGGAAGACUGAUACAAACAGCAGUCAAUGUUUACAAAGAAACAGCGAAAUACCCGCAGUGCGUGCCAAGCGGGUAUGUUGAUGAAAACUUGUAUCAUCCAAACAAUUACGUGAAACCCCAAAAACCGUACCAAUUUGUCGUGGUUUAUGAACACCCUCCAACCUCUUAUUAUAAGCCAGAAGUUAGUGGUCUCCCUAUAUUUUCUAAUCUGGAUAUCAACAAUCCUCAUUUGGAUCAUCUGUACCCAAGCGUGGUAGAUGGAGGCCCUGAUAGUAAAGUCCCAAAUAAUGAUUUUGCUUUAAAAUAUUUACUCCCGAAUGGCCAAGUUACAAAUAACCCUCUUUUGCCAUUUCCUCAGCAGCAAAUUCCUAAAUUUGACAUAACUUUUGUCAAACAAUAUGAAAAAGAGCAUCCAGAAGCUCCCAAAAAUCCACUACAAAAUAACCUUUUACUUCUUUUAAACCGGUUAACUGGUAAGCCUUCUUACGACACAAUUAUGUCGUCACUACAGCCCCAAAAUACUAUGGAAAAUAAUCCUUCACUUCUCCAUAACAAUGUACCAGAUGACGCUACGAGACAUUUUACACAUAUUUAUCCUCCGGGCCAUUACCACGUGCCUGGAGCAGUUAAUGAUCAAUUGCAAAAUUACCCUGAUUUGACUGUUGUAAAUUCCAAUCCAAAUCUGCAAACAAAUCCUCCUCCCAACAAUGCAUUUGAUAACCCAGGUCAAGUGUAUUACGUUGCACCUGGACAACCACUAAAUGCUCCUUUUCAUUUAUAUGGCGAGCAUCUACCUGAUACUGUCAAAGAUCUACCCAACGAACCACUUCCAUAUAAAACACAAACGAUAAAUAAACCUGAAUUAACUUUAGAAAUACUCCUUGGUUUACUUGCACACCCAGAAGGGAAGUCAUCGACUGGAUUAAGUCCUCAACUUAAAGAGCUUCUAAAAGGCCAACUGUGGAAAUAUUUGAAUCCAAAUCUCAAUGCGAAUCCCUCUAAUCAAUUCCUUGAAUUACAAACGCCGUAUACAAAUGUAAACGGUCCUGACGGUGUACCAGAUCAAAGUUUACAGGAUUAUCUAAACCACCUGCAAUCAGAUUCUGCUGGAGCAUAUUCUGGAAACACCAAACCAGAUUACGAAGCGCUUUUGAACAAUUUGCAACGGUGGCAAACCAUGUCGAAUGCUAAUAAAUUACCUCCAUCGCAGAACAAGGCGAACAUUAUCGAACUUACGUACGUCCUUAAACGACCUAAACCAUUAAUUUACCGGCCGAUUUACUACGUAAAAUACAGAUUGCCGUAUGAAACAUUCCUGCACAAUUUUCAAAACUUGGUUUUAAGGAAACCAGGUCUAAGAUCGGAACCUGAGCAUUUGUAUCAAGAAUUAAUAGCUGCUUCGAAUAUCAGCGAUAUAUCUCCAGGGUUGAGAGGUUUUGAGAAGGACGAAAUAUUGAAACUGGUGUUCGGAAACGGAACUUUAAUUGGCGCUAGAGUUAUAACUGUACCAGACAGUGUCUUGAAUGAGCAGUUAGAGAUAACAAAGAAUCUGAAUGCCGAUGUUGCCCCAGAAGUAAUCAAAGAGCUGAAUAGUAAUCUAAAUCUUAAUGAAACGGUGAUAAAAUCUAAUUUGAAAGAUGGGUUUGCGUGGCCUAAAGCACCAUCGGAACCUUCAUCGAAAAAUAUUGAUGACACAUCAACCCCUCCAAACUUAGCAGCCCAAUUUACCCAUACGAUACCAAGAUAUUUAACUCCUGCAGAAUCUACUACGCAUUCUGAGACAGAGGAAGGGCAUCCUGGAGAUUCCGUUAUGGCAAGUCAUCCGUUAAAUGUGAAAUCCUUGCCGAAAGCUUGGAAUUCUGAUGUUUCCAACUAG